CAUAAGUUUAAAAAUACAUUUUAUUUAUACAUAACCUAAAUUACGAUACGACAUGUGUCAACUUUUUUACAAUAUUUCUUGAAGCAAUUUUACCAACAAAACCUUGAGUAACAUAAAAGUGUCCAAAGUCAAGUUCGCGCACGCAUUUCUUCGCCCCACCCGCGUCGCACAGUAUUGUACGCCUAUGUACUGUAUUUGAAUAUAAAAACGUACACAUUGCCCAGUGUUAUCAUUCAACAUUUGAUCGUUGCAAACAAUUUAUCAAAAUGUUCAGCAAAAUCGUAGCUCUCAGCGCUCUGUUGGCCGCUGCUAACGCCGGCUACUACGGCCACGGUCACGCCGUGUCUUCCCAAAGCAUCAUUCGUCACGAUGAGCCCUUACACUACGCCGCCCCCGUAGCCCACUACGCUGCGCCCGUUGCUCACUACGUUGCCUCCGUACCUCACUACGCUGCUCCCAUCGCCCACUACGCUGCUCCCGCUGCUCACUACGACGGUCACGACUCCUACGCUCACCCCAAAUACGACUUUGCAUACUCUGUGUCUGACCCUCACACCGGUGACCACAAGUCCCAACACGAGAGCCGCGACGGAGACUCCGUGCACGGAUACUACUCUCUGGCUCAACCUGACGGCUCCAUCCGCAAGGUUGAGUACACCGCUGAUGCUCACAACGGUUUCAACGCCGUGGUCCACAACUCAGCCCCCUCCGUGCACCCCGCCCCCGUCUACGGACAUGCUGCCCUGAUUGCUGCUACGUGUGCCAGUGUUCCGAGUUUAAACCACGGCUUGUCGUACCAACAAUUUAAUCGAGGAGAUGAGGCCUUACGUUAUGUCAGUGCAGAAGGUUACCAGGUCUCUCCUGUAGUCUACCAAAUGCCUCGUGCUGAACAAAAUGAGGGUUCAGAAGCAUACCGCUUAUCUUCUGGAGAACACCCUAGUGCUCCAGAAGCGCAAAACAUGGAUUCCGAAUCCUACCACGCAUCUCAAGUUGUGCAACACGUCCCUUCAGCAAGAUACCAGGGCAGUCUUGAAGCGCAUAACUCCGCUUCAGAAUUAUUCCAUGGUCCUGCUCCCGGGCACCACAUACAUCCUGUUGCGCACCACGCCUCUUCUGUGGAACACCAGGUCUCUCCCAUAGCGCACAACAUCGCCUUAAGUACAUAUCACGUAUCUUCUGUCUUGCACCAGGUUCAUCCUGUUGAACACCACGGUUAUUCAGAAGGACACCACGAUUCUUCUGUAGAACAGCACGUCUCUCCUAUAGAGCAAGAGGUCACUCCCUCAGCACACUACCAUCGCGACUACUAUUCAGCGCACAACGUUGCUCCUGCCGUUCACAAUAUUGCUUCUGAAUCAUACCACGCUCCUAAUGAAGCGAACCAUAUUUCUUCUGAAGCUCACAAUGCAGCAUCUGCACAAAAGUCUGGUCCAGUUGCGCACUACGUUGCUCUUACAGCACACUACGCUGCUCCUGGAGGACACUACUCCGCGCCAUCAGCACACGACGCUGCUCCUGCCGCCUACUACGUUGUACCUACAGCACACUACGAUGCUUCUGUAGGGCACGUCGUACCCUUAUACCGACACGCUUCACCGAUAUCACACUACGCUGCCGCCGCACCUGUAAUUAACCAUGCCACUGCUGCCGUAAAUAACUACGUGUCCGAGGCUCAUGUAACUAACCACGCGUCCGAGGGUCCCGCUCACAACACUCAUACCGCACCAGCAUCCCACUACGACUAUUACGCUUAUCCUAAAUACGCCUACUCAUACUCCGUGGCGGACCCUCACACUGGCGACCACAAGUCUCAGCACGAAGUCCGCGAUGGUGGUGUGGUGAGGGGCUCGUACUCCCUACUGCAGCCUGAUGGCUCUGUCCGCAAAGUCACCUACACCGCUGACGACCACAAUGGCAAAAUCGUAGGUUUCGGCGCUCUCUUGGCUGCUGCCAACGCCAGUCUCUAUGGAUACGGUCACGCCGUGUCCUCCCAGAGCAUCGUACGUCAUGACGAGCCCCACGUAGCGCCAUACUACUACGCUGGAUACGCCGCUCCCGUAGCGCACUACGACGUCCCUGCAUACUACGCCGCCCCUGUUGAACACUACGACGGUCACGACACUUAUGCUUACCCUAAAUACGACUUCGCGUAUUCCGUGUCGGACCCCCACACCGGUGACCACAAGUCCCAGCACGAGAGCCGCGACGGUGACGCCGUGCACGGAUACUACUCUCUGGUGCAGCCUGAUGGCUCCGUCCGCAAGGUCGAGUACACCGCUGACGACCACAACGGACAUCAAUCACCAAUAAACUUCGAUCUAAACAACAGCAAAAUGUUCAGCAAACUGGUAGCUUUUGGUGCUAUGUUGGCGGCAGCUCAGGCCCAUGGCCACGCGGUGUCCUCCCAGAGUAUUGUCCGUUAUGACGGUGGCCACUACGCCGCGCCGUACGCCGUGCCAUACGAAGGCGCAUACGCUGCACCUUAUGCGGCCCCAUAUGCCGCCGGCCCUUACGCAGCUCCUUAUGUAGCGACCUACGCUGAACCUCUGCCUUACGCUGCUCCUAUUGCCUAUGAAGGACAUUAUGAUGACGGACAUGAUGAGCAUGCGCACCCACAAUACGACUUCGCAUACUCCGUGUCGGACCCCCACACUGGUGACCACAAGUCUCAACAUGAGAGCCGCGACGGUGACGCCGUGCACGGCUACUACUCUCUGGUACAGCCUGAUGGCUCCGUGCGCAAAGUGGAGUACACCGCUGACGACCACAACGGAUUCAACGCAGUCGUACACACCUCUGCUCCGUUGGUCCAUGCCGAACCCGAAUAUCACCACUAUUAAUAAGUAAAGAUCAACGCCAAACCUGCUCUUGUACCAAAUAAUUUGUGAUUAACUUAUUAAAAAUAUUUAUAUCACUA